AAUAAUACAAAGAUAAGAUGUACGUCAUUGACAGUGUAUCACAUCUCUGCCCGCUGUGUGGUUAUGGAGGUGUAAUUGUUUGGGCCGUCAACUUCAUAUAUUUAAUAAUGAGUGGUGGUGACGGAGACGGGAUGCAGCGUAGAUGGAGUCAUUUGAGAAAAGUGUUGGAGAGGUCGGGGCCUUUUUGUCACCCUGAUUUCGAACCGUCAUCGGAAACAUUAAAUUUUUUAAUGAGUACAUGCAAGAUAUUGGUUAUAGGUGCCGGCGGAUUAGGUUGUGAAUUACUGAAAGACUUGGCUCUUAUGGGAUUUAAAGACAUACACGUGAUAGAUAUGGACACAAUUGAACUUUCUAACCUUAACAGACAGUUUCUGUUCCGAAGAAAAGAUAUAGGAAAAUCGAAGGCAGAAGUUGCAGCAGACUUCAUAAACAACCGGAUCCCCGGUUGCCGUGUGACGCCACAUUUCUGUAAGAUUCAAGAUUUCGACGAAUCGUUUUAUAGAUCCUUUCACUUAGUUGUCUGUGGCCUCGAUUCAAUAGUCGCUCGUCGGUGGAUAAAUGGUAUGUUGAUAUCAUUGCUUCAGUAUGAGGACGGGGAGUUAGAUCGAACAUCAAUUGUGCCAAUGGUUGACGGUGGCACAGAAGGCUUUAAGGGCAAUGCUAGAGUGAUACUACCCGGUGUUACCGCUUGCAUCGAAUGCACUCUGGAUCUCUUUCCCCCACAAGUGACAUACCCACUUUGUACAAUUGCAAACACACCGCGUCUGCCAGAGCAUUGUAUUGAAUAUGUGAAGGUGAUCCAGUGGCCGCGAGAGUCCCCGUGGUGUGAUGUUCCAAUUGAUGGGGAUGACCCAGCGCAUAUUGGAUGGAUUUGUGAGAAAGCAUCAGAGCGUGCUGCACAGUUUGGCAUAAUGGGUGUUACAUAUCGCCUUGUCCAGGGUGUUGUGAAGAACAUAAUACCUGCAGUGGCAUCUACGAAUGCUGUGGUGGCUGCGGCAUGUGCCACAGAAGCCUUCAAGCUGGCUACGAGCUGUUGUGUUCCCAUGGACAACUACAUGGUGUUUAAUGAUGCCGAUGGCAUUUACACGUAUACGUAUGAGGCGGAGAAGAAAGAAGAUUGCCUCGCUUGUAGUCAAGUGCCCAGAGUUAUUGAUAUUGAGGGUCCAGACGUAAAACUGGAAGGCCUCAUUACAAUACUCCGCGACGACCCAGCCUUACAGAUGAAAAAUCCUGGCCUGACAGCUAUGGUCGACGGGAAGAAUCGAACACUGUACAUGCCAACUGUCGCCAGCAUCGAGGAGAAGACACGAGUGAACCUUACAAAGACACUUGGGGAACUUGGUUUGGAGAACGGUCAUGAGGUAGCAGUAGCUGACUCCACUACACCUGUUACUGUGGUGCUGAGGUUGAGAUAUAAUGGACCAGAUGGAGAUGUGGAGAUGAAGUAGGCAUUUCACUGCCUAUCUGUUUUAUUUAUGAAGUAUCAGUGAACCAACUUUGUUAUAUAGUGCAGAAGCCUUUGUAUAAACUAAAUUAUUCUCGUGAAGAAGACGAUGACAGCAGUGCCUGUGUGUAUAAUUCAGUCGGGAACAGCUGUGGUUGCUGCAGGUCGGCUGUAUGUAGCAGAGUGCAAUUUUUUUUUUAUUUGUUCCCUUCUGGAAGGAGUUUCUGAUAAUGUGUCUUGUGUUCUUUACUAAAUAGAAAUUUUGUAAUAUAUGUUACACCUAAAAUUUUAUAACCAAUGAAUAAUAAAACACUGGAGAACAUUGAAAUUAA